GCUCGUUAAGCGUGGCUGUUUUUUUUAUAGUAUCACCUGUGGUUAAUGUCAAAAGUGAAUUAGUAAAUAUAAACAAUUCACAGAAAACAAUUCAUUGCUAUCGAAAAUGGCUGAAGAAUCAUGGACCAUCAAGUCGUGGGCAAUUGUCAUAGCUGUAAUUAGUGCGUUAUACUCGUUAAUCUACAUGGGAAUCGAAAUUUCAAAUUUGAUGAAUCAGAUCAUUGGCCCUGGGAUGUUGGCGACAUGGACUGGAGUCUACUUUACGAACAUAUUGAUGAACAUGUUCUUUAUGGGAAGAAAAGGCGACUGGGGGAAGAGCGAAGUAAUACUUUGGAUUAUUGUUACAUUAGUUGUGUAUAUCCUUCGACUUGUGCUCAUUAAUUAUAGAAAAAUAAGUGAGAGACAGCUGUUAUUUGCAAUAGCUGUAAAUGUUUAUAUACCAUUAACAUUCGUUGUGAAAGCAUUAUUGUACUAUCAAGUGGCGAAUCCAACUACAGACAUUAGUACUUGUUUAUUUGGAGGAGGACCAACGAAUCUAAAUUCAAAAAAUAUAGGAGAAGUAAUUGUUGAAGAUCUGUCACAUACUCUUCAUUCUACUACAGCCCCAAAUAUUAACGACUUAAACAAUGAUAUUGAAGUUGUUUGUGAUGUCAAUGAUCGUCCUCCAAGUUACAAAAAUGUUAUGGCUGGUCAGAAUACAAACUUAUUAAGUUCGAAAGAUUAAUACUGAGCACACUCUUGCAAUUGUUAACGUAAACAAAUAUUUUGACAUUAAUUGCUCGAAUAAUAUGGAUUUCCCCUAUAAUAAUAGAAAUGGAAAGGCCAUCGACAAUAAUGAAUCUGAAAAUGAAAGCAGCAAUCUGGAUUUGAUGACAAAGAUAAUGCAAAAUGAAAUUGAAACGAGUUAUUUAUCAAUACACAAGUACGAGUACUACCUCAAUCUCAGGUGUGAUUAUCUUCACAAUGAACAAAUGUAAUUUAUGUGUAAACUGCCAGACGCUCUACGUUUGAGUGUAUUAUCUUAUCUCAUGUAUCAGCUAACAGAAGCAACGUUGAACUUCUUCAAACAUUUUUCUACACCUUUUU